AUGAAGGAGUUUUUGAGGAGGGUGCACACCACCUUCCUAAAGAUCACCUUAUUUCCGAGCACCCUCGGCAGGAAAGGCCCUCAGCCUGCUGCCUCAGAGGUGCUGACCUGUCACCUGCUGCAGCGAAAACUCCCCCCGUGGACUUCAUUCUGUGUCCGCUACAGCUCCGUCCACAAUGACCAGUUUGGCCUGUCCAAUUUUAACUGGGGGGUCCAGGGAUCCAACUACCAAAUACUGAGAACAGGCUGCUUCCCCUUUAUCAAAUACCACUGUACCAAAGCCCCCCCACAGAACCUGGACUUUGAGGACAGGUUUUUCACUAUAUUAAAAGUGAUCAAUCUGGGUAAGUCAAUAUCAUUUAAAUUGUAAUUCAAUUGUAUUAAAAAGCCCUUCAAAUGCCAAAUAAACAUGUUACCUUUUUCAUUCAGGUAUCCCCUGUUUGGCUUACGGCAUAGGCUGCUGGAUGGUGAUUGGAGCCACAGAAACAGUACAAACAAGUGUCGGACCUGUCACUGUGUAUUUCGCCUACAAGGAACAAGACGGUGCACAGUACUGA